AUGCAUUCAUUAUUGGACACGAUAAGAAGUCAAGCAACUUUUGAUAAAGCUUUACAAAUCUUUUCUCACUUUACAAUUAUACUUCCACCUACAUUACUUUUGAUCAAUGCACCUUAUGGACGAUUCACCAGCAAGAAUGUCAUAUUAGGAUUUGGUUUUAACAAGACUUGGUCCAAGUUUGGAUGGUUCAGCAUGGAAAUAGUGUCCCCCAUUAUGUUUGCAACCAUGUUGUAUGUGUGUCGAGUACCAUUAACAAGUGGUCAAUGGUGUAUGUCAGCUCUCUGGUUUAUUCAUUACACGAAUCGUACUUUUAUCUAUACCUACCGCGUACCUUCUAUGGCUCCUAUAGGUUUCUUGACCUGGAUCGUUGCUAUCGGUUUCAAUCUUGUCAAUGCCUAUAUCAAUGGCUACUGGGUGGCAACACAUGAUGAUUUUCGUUUUGAUCUAGCUACAUUGGUGGGAGGUUGUGUUUGGUGUACUGGCUUUAUCUCCAAUAUCUAUCAUGAUUCUAUUUUAUUUGACUUACGGAAGAAGAGUGAUGGUUAUUCAAUUCCAAAUGGUGGAUUAUUCAAGUAUGUCAGUUGUCCUAAUUACUUUUCAGAAUGUGUGGAAUGGAUAGGGUUUGCUCUGGUGUGUCGUAGUGCUCCUUCGUUAUGGUUUGCUUUGGGUACAAUGUCAAAUUUGAUUCCUAGGGCGUACAAGUCUCAUCAGUGGUACAAGAAUCGUUUUAAGAAUUAUCCUUCUGAUCGAAAGGCUGUUAUUCCUUUUCUUUUGUAA